GCAGCCAGCCCGGGGGGCUUGCGGUGUUCGCGGCGCCGUGACAGAGGGAACAGCUGGGAAGUGGAGAUCCCCUCGGUCUGGGUCUUGGUUACGUGUUCUGAUAGACAACAACAUGGUGACAAAUCUGGUGCCCUUCUGUGAAGGGGCUGCGGCAUUGGUGGAUGGGACAAAGUGACUGCAGUCAUCCCCCGGGCCUUGGUAAAGUGUAGGGCACUGUCACCACGACGUCCUGGGCUCUGAACUGGAGAGACGGGGGUUGGAUGGAUGGGUGGGCAGUCAGAGGAUAAAGAAUGGUCUGGAUGACCACAUGGAGUAGUCACUGGUCAAGGCUCGCUGGGGUUGACGCUGUUCGACGUCUUUGUUGUGACACGGACAGUGAAUGCAAAUGUGGCCUGGCUGGGACAUGUCUGUGUUUGGGAAGUUUAAGAAAGUCACUGUCCAGCAUGUCUGAAACAGAGUCCAGUCAGACACAGUAUCAGUGCAAAGGAAUCCCUAGGGAAACUGAGUGCAGCGCCACACUUGGGUCCAGCUGACAAGAGGUGUGACCUCAUUGAGGUGCUUAACUGAAGCUGUGCCAGUUUAUACAGCAAGCUAGACUCAGAUGUGAGCCUGCAAACCAGAGAGCUGGGGAAUCUCCACCUGAGCUGCACCAACAGCAAAAAGCAUGGUGGUGUCCAGGCUUGCCCCAUGAUAUCUGAUGUACACAGAACUUCAUGAACUGGGACCUCUUUGCCUCUGGCUGAUUUACCUUCAGCACUUCAAAGUGUCUCCUGCCCAUGGGAGAGCAGAGUCAGAUGUCUGCAAGAGAAACUGGAGCAUUUCCCACGUGACAGAGUGCCAGACAUUGCUACUGCUCUUUGCACUUCUGCCUGUCUUGGUCCUGCUGUCCUGUACAACUCAUGUCACUGGUGGCUUCUCCUUUGUUGAUGGCUAGUGCCAGCACAGCCUACAGCUGAGCCCAGUAAAGAAAGGUCCUAGUCUGGCACAAUUUCUUAACCCUGGAGUGUUUCAGAUUGGUGAGGUGAAACUCUGUGUCCCUGAGCAGGUGGGCUGGGCUUUGCCUCCUGGGUGUAAGUUGUGAGAAGAACAGAGCUCAGUGAGAUGUGUCAUUCUUAGCUGGUUUUGCAUUACAGACUUCUGGGACACGGCGGGCCAGGAACGGUUCCGGAGCAUGCACGCCUCCUACUACCACCAGGCCCAUGCCUGCAUCAUGGUGUUUGAUGUACAGCGGAAGGUCACCUACAAGAACCUGAACAGCUGGUACAAGGAGCUGAGGGAAUUCCGCCCAGAGAUUCCAUGCAUUGUAGUGGCCAACAAGAUUGAUGCGGAUAUGAAGGUGACCCAAAAAAGCUUCAAUUUUGCCCGGAAGUUCAGUUUGCCCUUUUACUUCGUGUCUGCUGCCGAUGGCACCAACGUGGUGAAGAAACCCAAUGCCCGCGUGCCCCAUCCUGUGAGUGACGGGCCUUGUCCUUCCUACCAGCUCUUCAACGACGCCAUCAGACUGGCUGUGGCUUACAAACAGCACUCGGGAGACUUCAUGGAUGAGGUCCUGCGGGAGCUGGAGAGCUUUGACCUACAGAAGACAAGCAAGGAUUUGUCAGAUAAAGGGAAGAGCUGCACUGAAGAGGAGCCCUCAUCUGCCUAGGCCUGGACCCUGAGCCUGGUUUUCCCUUGGCUCUGGACUUCUGGGGCCUGCACAGAGCACAGUGAUGUUUCUCGUGCUCUAGAGCUGUGGUGCUGGGCAGCUGGGUCUCUUCCCUCCUUGUGGGAGCCUACCUGGGCAGGAUCUUCCUUGGCUCAGCCCUCACUGCUGCACAUUUCACUCAGGAGAGGGAUGGGAGAAUCCACAUGAUUCUACCUGGAUGGUCGCUCAUUCCUAGUGCUCCUUUAGGACAGAGCUGGCCAGGAGAAGUGCGCCAUCUUGCACCUGCAGGAAGGAUCCUGCCCAGAUGCUGUAGUGGUAGCUGCUGCAGAAAGCAAACACUAAAGGAUUUUUUCUACAAAGCUAUGAUGUGGCAUCCUCCCAGCACUGCUGCUGUAAGGAGGCAGGUUCCAGCCCAGCCUGCUCCCAGCUGAGCCGGUACUGCCUCGGUCCAUCCAUGACUUCUGCUGCAACAUCCCUGGGCUCCCAUUCUGCCCUACAACAGCCAGAUCCCAUGGGCUGCUGAGCACAGGGGGCUUCUUCUUCCAGGUCCAGAUGGCUGACACAGGUGGGCUCACACCCUCGGGCUGGUUCUGUCCCAGCUUGUUGGAUGUGGCCAUGGUUCGUGUCUUUGUGUGCAUGACGCUGCAUUCCAGAGAGCUGGAUACACACACAUACAGUCACAGAAUCAUAUAUUGGUUUGGUUUGAAAAGGACCUUAAAGGUCAUCUCAUACCACCCCCUGCCAUGGGCCAGGACACCUUCCACUAUCUCAGACUGCUCCAAGCGCCAUCCAACCUGGCCUUGGACACUUCCAGGGAUCUAGGGGCAGCCAAAACUUCGCUGGGCACCCUGUGCCAGGGCCUCAUCACGCCCUGAGUAAAAACUCCUUCUCAACACCUCA